AUGCUAAAAAUCAUUAUUCCUACUAUAAUAUUACUCCCCUUAACAUGAUACUCAAAAAAGAGCAUAAUCUGAAUUAACGUAACUUCUUACAGCUUCAUAAUCAACCUAGCUGCUCUACCUCUACUUAAUCAAACUAUAGAUAUAACCCUUAACACAUCACUACUUUUUUCAUCCGAUUCCUUAUCAACACCACUACUAAUUCUAACUACAUGACUCCUCCCAUUAAUAUUAAUGGCAAGUCAAUUUCACUUAAAUACAGAAUCCGAACUACGAAAAAAGACUUAUAUCUCCAUACUUAUUACGCUACAAAUUUUCCUAAUUAUAACAUUCACAGCUUCCGAACUAAUUAUAUUCUAUAUUCUAUUUGAAGCCACCCUAAUCCCAACUCUCAUCCUAAUCACCCGAUGAGGGAACCAAACUGAACGUCUAAACGCUGGCCUAUACUUUUUAUUCUACACAUUAGCAGGAUCCCUCCCAUUAUUAGUAGCUCUUACCUACCUACAAAAUAACCUAGGCUCCCUAAACAUUUUACUAAUCCAAUUUAUCACUCAACCAAUAUCACCAUCUAUCUCUUCCAACUUCUUAUGAUUAGCCUGUAUACUAGCAUUCAUAGUAAAGAUACCAUUAUACGGCCUCCACCUAUGAUUACCCAAGGCACAUGUAGAAGCCCCUAUCGCUGGAUCUAUAGUCCUUGCCGCCAUCCUCCUUAAACUAGGAGGUUAUGGAAUAAUACGAAUCACGAUCCUAAUCGACCCCUUAAACUACUCAAUAGCAUUUCCUUUCCUAAUGCUAUCUCUAUGAGGAAUAGUAAUAACCAGCCUUAUCUGCCUGCGCCAAACAGACUUAAAAUCCCUAAUUGCAUACUCAUCAGUUAGCCAUAUAGCACUAGUAAUCGUAGCCAUCCUCAUUCAAACCCCAUGAGGAUUUAUAGGCGCAACAACCCUAAUAAUCGCCCAUGGCCUAACAUCCUCCAUACUAUUCUGCUUAGCUAAUACUAAUUAUGAACGAAUUCACAGCCGAACUAUAAUUCUAGCUCGAGGCUUACAAUCAAUUAUUCCACUAAUAGCACUAUGAUGAUUCACCGCUUCCCUAAUAAACCUAGCUUUACCCCCAUCAAUCAACUUCAUUGGAGAACUAUUCAUUACCCUAUCCAUAUUUUCAUGAUCUAAACUCUCCCUUUUAUUAAUAGGGCUAAAUAUACUAAUCACAGCUCUUUACUCACUAUACAUACUUAUUACCACUCAACGAGGAAAACCCUCAUUUCAUAUUAAUUCAAUCAAACCAACCUUCACUCGAGAACACACUCUAAUAACAUUACAUAUUCUCCCAUUAAUCCUACUAUCUGUUAACCCAAAACUCAUCCUAGGUACUAUAUACU